ACUUUUCCUCUCCUAUUGCCAUCUCCUUUCUCUAUUUAGCUUAGGUUUCUUCCUCCAUUUUUUUUUUAAUUUUUCUUAAAAUUCACCAUUGCUUAAAACAUUCCCAUUUCUCUUCUGCCCAGCUCUCACCUUCUCUCUGCGUCUCUGACUCUAUGGUCGGAUCCAUUAAUUUCUUCUUCACUGACUACGGUUAGGGUCAGGAGGUUUAUACGUUUACACCUCUUUCUUGUUCUACCUUUCGUUCACCACCUUCUUUUUUAAUCUUCACUUCUGGGUUUUCGUUUUUUUUCCAAGUUACUGAGGUGGCCUUUGUUAACUGAUCUGGGUGCUUCUCUGUUGUUUGCUUUUCUGAUUCUGUAUUAAUUUUGUCAGUGGUGGAUCAAAAUUGAGCUGAAUGUGGGUUUUUAAUUUGGCUUUUAAUUUAUUCCGCUGCCUGUUUCUUUUUCUAUAUGCUUGAACAAGGCUUGAAUUUGUGGAAAUCUUUGUUAAUUUUGGUGAAGUCCAGUAUUUGAAGCGAGCUCCUGAGGAUCUUUUUUUCUUUAAACUGUUCUGCUUCAAAUUUGUGUUCCUUUUUCUGGAUUAAGUAAGGUUUUUCGGAUUUGUGGGGGCGGGGGUUUCAAAAUCAUCAGUCUCUGAUACCACUCGUUUGAGCUCUGCAACUCCAGCAGUCUUCAAUAUUUCAGGAAUAUUCAAGGAGAUGAAGGGCACAACGAACAAGAGUGAGAACAAAAAAAUGUCUAAGGGUAACUGUGAUUUGGUAUCAGUUGAAGAAGCUAAAGUUGGAGGAAACUUAGGAGGAGGGGGCCCUUUGAAGAAAGGACCGUGGACAUCAGCAGAAGAUGCAAUUUUAGUGGAAUAUGUUAAAAAACAUGGAGAGGGGAAUUGGAAUGCUGUACAGAAGCACUCAGGACUUUCCCGGUGUGGGAAAAGCUGCCGUCUUCGAUGGGCGAAUCACCUAAGACCAGAUCUGAAGAAGGGUGCUUUCACGCCAGAGGAAGAGCACCAUAUCAUUGAACUCCAUGCUAAGAUGGGAAACAAAUGGGCUCGAAUGGCUGCAGAGCUACCUGGGCGUACAGAUAAUGAGAUAAAGAACUACUGGAAUACGAGAAUUAAGAGACUGCAGCGUUCUGGCACACCAAUUUAUCCACCCGACGUGUGUUUUCAAUUAAUGAAUGGCAGUGAAGACGACCACAUGGGGACGUUGCCCAUUGGGGACACACACCAUCAUGAUCUCUUGCAGGGAGACAGUAUUGAGAUUCCAUUUGUCGAACUCAAUAAUUUACUCAAUAGUGGGUAUCUCUCUUACUCGCCAAAAUUUCUUGAUAUUCCUCCAAGCAGCAUGCUCAGACAAGGUGUUAGUUCUUCCCAUACUUAUGACUUACUGUUCCCGACAAUGCAUCCCCCCAAACGCUUCCGAGAGUCAGAAACCCUGUUCCCUGGUUUGGACGGUAGUGUCAGCAGUGCUCUCCCAGUAUUCAAUCACUACAUGGAUUAUACAUGUGAUUUGAAGGCUGCUGAAACCUUAAACUUUUCUUCUUCAUUUGAUCAAGAUCUUAACACCAAUGACCAGUUACCCUUUGGUGGUCUUUCGGGCAGCCAUGCCCUUUUAAAUGGCAAUUCUUCUUCUUCCGAGCCCAUAUCUGGGGCUAUGAAGUUGGAGCUCCCUUCACUCCAAUAUUCAGAAACUCAACCAGGUAGCUGGGGCAAGCUUGCUUCCCCUCUUCCUUCGCUUGAGUCUGUUGAUACUUUGAUCCAGUCUCCUCCAACAGAGCAGACUCAUUCAGAUUGUCUUUCACCGAGGAGCAGUGGUCUGUUGGAAGCAAUACUCUAUGAGUCACGUACUUUGAAAGACUCGAGGAAUAAUCCUCCCCGGGAAACUUUGGAUAUUUCAGUCAUGCCUGAUGUGAAGAAACGUUCGUCCAUGAAUCCCUGUGGGACAGAUGGUGAUCCAAAUUCACCUUUAGGUCAUUCUGCUGCAUCAGUUUUCAGUGAGUAUACACCUGUCAGUGGAAGCUCAAUAGAUGAACACCAAUUAGUUGAAUUCAUGCUGGGAUGUGAUGCCAUGCCUGAAACAGUUGAUCAGGAUCCAAGUCAUUAUCUCGUGAAGAAAGAAAUUUCCAGUCUGAUAGACUUUAGCAGGCCAGAUGCUUUACUUGACCUGUGUUGGUUUGGGCAUAGGAAUGAUUUUUGAUAAGGAUUAACCCAUUCUUACAGAUGCUUUUGGGUGUGAAUAUAGCAAUGGCUACUCCCAGAGAAGCACAGUGGCUGUUAUAUUCGUGACUUAGAUCUUGUGCACGAGACAAAUAUUUUCUUUCAAAUCCUUGCAGAUCAUUGAAACCUUCAUGGAACCAAAAUCAUCUGUAAAACUGUUUGUUAGAGGGGACACAUUGAACUAUAUGCUGUUGGGGGACAAUUUUUAUGGUGUUGUAUCGUACUUUCGCAAGUCAUGAUUAUUUGUUCUUUGUUGCUGUUUUGGAAGAUUUGGUUUCAAUAAUAUUCCCAACGACAUGUUCCAACAAAAA